CAGAGAGUACACGUGAUAAGCAUUCUCCCGACAAAAGGUCACGUCCCCACGGGGAGGUCAUAAUACAGGACUGGUAUAGAAGCGUGGACUUUCAUUAACGACCAUACACGUUACCUGUCGGGAGAGGUAUAUACACAGAACAGCACAGGACUGCAAAUAUGUUGGACAUGCUGUUAAACAUGGACCCUUUGACUGUCGCCCUUGGUAUUUUAGGACUUUUAUUUCUCCUGAAACUUGUGUAUACUCCCCGGAACUCUCCGCCAGGACCUAUCGGAUACCCAGUUCUGGGUAACGUUCCGCUUUUGUUAUCUGGAAACAAAACAGCAACUUUCCGGAAACUACGACGUGAAUACGGUGAUGUGGUUGGUCUCCGCCUUGGUUGCACGAAUACCGUGGUUGUUAAUGGGUAUGAUACUCUGAAGGAGGCGUUUGUAAAGCAUGGCGAUGUGUUAUCAGACAGACCUAAUGACAUUGUUUUCCGACACCUCAGCGACUAUGGAAAAGGCAUUGUCGGUAGUACAGGUGACUUCUGGAAACACACCCGCACAUUUUCCCUCGGAGCAUUACGAGAGUUCGGUUUUGGAAAGAGAUCUCUCGAAUCGAAAAUACAAGAAGAGGUAUCAGUAUUUCUUGACAUCGUUGCUGACAAAAAUGGAGAACCGUUCUUUCUCGGCGCCAUCGCUCAGAUCAGUAUCUCAAACAUUAUUUGUAGCAUAGCCUUCGGUGAGAGAUAUGACCAUGAUGACAAAGAGUUCAAGAAUCUCCUGCAUAUGUUAGACAAGGCGUUUUUCCUAACAGCAAAGGCCACUAUCGUGAACUUCUUCCCUUUUCUCAGGUUUCUACCGGGCGAUAUGACUUAUUUCAAAGCAAUGAAGACGAACUUGGGAAACAUCAGAGCUUAUCUGCAGAAACAGAUUGACCAGCAUAGGGACACGUUUGACGAAGAGAAUAUUAGGGACUUCAUUGACGCCUUUCUGAAGGAGGAGCUCUCACAAGGAACAUCCGAGGUUUUACAUGAUGAAAAUUUAAAGGUGGUGUUAGGAAACCUAUAUAUCGCUGGCACCGAGACAACAGCCACCACUAUCAAGUGGGCGAUCCUCUUCCUCAUUCACAAUCCGGAAGUGCAAACAAAAGUACGUCAAGAGAUCGAAAACGUUAUUGGAUGCUCUCGAAUUCCGUCCAUGAACGACAAACCGGAAAUGGUCUACACUGAAGCAUUCAUUCACGAGACACUUCGUAUGGGUAAUAUCGCCCCAUUGGCCCUUCAACAUGCUGUCAAACAUGAUUGCACCCUUAAAGGGUAUACUCUUCGGAAGGGGGACGUGUUAUUGCCUAAUCUUGAUUCCGUCAUGUUUGACGAAUCCCUGUUUGAAGAUCCACACACAUUCUAUCCAGACAGAUUUAUCGGUGAUGACGGUAAACUCAAUGGAACAGAACGUCAUGUUCUUGCUUUCUCAUUAGGAAGAAGAGUGUGUUUUGGUGAAAGCCUUGCAAGGAUGGAGCUCUUCUUGUUUCUGACGACUCUCAUCCAGCGAUUCAACCUUCUUCCGGAGGACGAACAAAACCUUCCUACGCUUGAACCCAUUGUCACUAUCACGAAUUCUCCCCAAAACUACAAGUUCAAGGCAGUCAAACUGAAAUGAUAUCGUUUCACAUAUCUGUCCAUAUCAUGUUGUUUUCCUGAUUAUUUCAUAAACAAUUAAGAUAUUUUUUAAGAAGAUUCAACACGAACAAUUAAGUAAUAAGUUCAGUAUGCUUUCCAAUGCAUACACUAUGCCGGAAGUUUAAAGUAUAUAUAUUUUGCCAAUAAUAGGCUUUUAAAUAAUAGGUUCAACUACAUUCUGUAAAAGAAUCAAUAUAAAGAAGCAAUUUUAGAAAUAUAAGUCGAAGCGAUGAAUAUCUUUUCCACGUGUGAUGAGCCUUUCCGAUGCACUGGAGCCCACACGGAAAUCGUCAAAUUACUAUCCGUACUUGUUUUUUAUGUGUAAUUCAUUUAGAAAACGACUGUAUAUUUCGAUAAGGAUACAGUUUAAAUCACCAAGGUGUUUUACACUGUGGUAAGUAAUUUACAUUGUGCAAUUAUCUUUGUGUUCAUAAUGUUAACGUGGAAUCGGAAGCAUUUUUGCAGUUAUUGUAAGAGUUACCUAGUUGUAGGCCUCUCCAAGAUAACAAGGAUAUUCUAGAAAGUAUAAGUACGUGAGGUUUAUCGUUUUGCCAAGAGUGUAUGACUGAAAAGAAAACCCUAAAAAAAAAGAGUUUUUAUGUAUGUAUGUAUAUUAAGACAUUAAAGAGUCAAUCGUUUUACAGAAGGUAACUUGUAACUGAUGUACGUUUUGAAGAAAUUAAGUCAGUGCGUGUGUAUUACGUCUCCCUCUCAAAUAUCGGUUGAAAUGCGUUUUCUGUGCUGUUGUUAUAUCGUUAUAAGGGACGGCCUGAUAAGAUAAGGCUAGAUGUGGGGGUUUUAUGCAAAACGAGGCGUGUAUUCACUCGGAGGGCGGCCCCGUCGCCAUCUUGCAAUGUUCGCAUAAAAUGGUACGGGCUCGGUUCAGUUUUUGAACACCACAUUCUCAUCUUCAAUUCGUAUCUAAAAUUGAAUUCGCAUUUUGUAGAAAGUGUUUUAUUAAUAUAUUUGGCAAAUGUUAUUACCAAACAAUAUCGUCGGCAUUGUUAAGUGUUGUGAACGCCUUUUUCUUGUCGAUACAACACUUCCAUGAUGCUUAGUCACCUGCUGGGUUUAAAAUAAAUGCCUUGUAACUUAAGUAACAGUUGUUUAGGAAGGUUAGUUUGCAACACUACUAAGCUACUGAGAAAAGAUUAAUAACGGGUAGCGUCGGUGAUGUGGAAUGAUCUCAUAGCAAAUCUUCAGGAAAUUAACACCAUGUUGUAGAUAUUAGUUGACAAAGAACUAUAAGAAUGUGUAUAUCGAUAAUAAUACUAUGGUAUUGGAUAUAUAUUCAUGUAUAUAUUAGCCAAACUAUAAUGCCGUGUGUCAGGAAAUAGAUGGUUUGCAUGGCUUUCUUAGUGUUAAUUAUUUUUGUCGUAAUGCAAUUUAUAAAUCGUUAGUAUUACUAAUGUAUGUAUUAGGAUUCAGUCCUCUGCCAUUUUUAGUUAAUACUUUUUUUUGUAGGAUUUUGUACUGGCUUUUCUAUUUUGACUGUAGAUCUGAUACUGAAAUAGUAUUAUAUUUGAUACCCAUUCUGCCAAAAUAAUCUGAUUGUUGUAAGUUAUACUUCAUAGUUUCGUGCAGAACAAGAGUUUUGGCGCAUAGAUAACAGUGUUUAUAGCAGUGUUAAAUACCUACAAAUUACUACUGCUGUCACUUUAGUAUUCUAAUUCAUUUCAGGUGAAAAAAGUUUGAUUGGUCAAUUGAAAUAAUUUGCGAUCGUCUGAACACAAUUUAACGUUACUUAUAAAGCGUAGCCCCUUCAACAGUUUCCAACACUUCAAUAAAGUAUGUUUGUUGUGGUACGGGGAUCUUUAAGUCCUUUUAAAAUAUAUUUUCCUUUAAAAAAUCAUGCUACCGUGCAUUUUACAGAAAUAUAAUGGCUUAAAACUUGAGAAUGUUUAAAAAUAGAAUGAAAAUAAUAAAAAACAAAAAGCAAAUUAUCGUAUAGUAAAAAUUACUUGUACAAGAAGGUACAUUUUUAUAUGGUGUAAACAUUGUAUCUCUAUUCUCCUUAGUUUUGUUACUUUAUUCAUUUGUAUGUGUGUAUUGUUUUUGGCACUGUUGAACUAAACUUGGUUACCAGGGACCUUAAAUCAUGAUAUAAAUGGAGAUUUUUUCUCAAUGUUUUAUUUGCCUAAAUGCCUACAUUUAACAUUAUUGUUUAUUUUCGAAUCCUAGAAAUUAAAGUUUGCUUACGAAAUUCAG